AUGUCUAAAUCCAUUGUAUAAUCAAGACAGCUAAUGGAGCAUAUGCAUGAGUGCAAAAAGGAAAAUUAAGAAAAGUUGAGGCAGGUUAGGAAUCUUGAAGAUUUGGUAAAGUUCAAAGUAGCUACUGUAGUUGAUAAAAUCAAGGAAUCCAACGAUAUGAGAGAUAUGAAGGGUCUUGAGAUAUUUUAGAAAAUAUGUGACCCCCUUUUAGUUAAUCAACAUUACCCCUAACUGACUAAGAAAGCUUAUUUACCAAAUUUAAAUGGUACAAGGCCUAAUAAAAGCCAACAAAGGGAGGACUUUACAAUGAAUAGGCCAAUUUAAAGCAAGACUUCGCUGCCUUAAUUGCCAAAUCCUAAAAAUGAAAUCAGGUUUGAUCAAAUAUUUGGCGAUAAGCUCUACAGCUAGAUUCAGAUACAAAACAGUAAAAUCCAAGAUGAUAGCUAUAGUGACGCUGCAAAUAAAAACAUGAUCUUAAACCGAAGAGGAACAUCUGAGAAAGAAGCAGACCCUGUCAAAUUUCUUCAAGACUAUUUUAAACCAAAAAGCAACCAACCUAUAAGAAGACCUUCUAAUAUAAAUUAUGUUAUGGCAAAGUAUGAAAGGAAAAACUUAGAGAGUAAAAAGACUAGCUUCAUUCAAUAAUAGCAGAUCUCAGUUGAAGAGAGCUUGAUGCAGGAGAGCUCUUAUAAAAAGCUACCCAAUAGUGCCAGCAGUUAAAUGUUUGCUUAGAAUCAAAGCUAACUUGCCAAUGAUAAGUUGCAAAGAGAAAGAGAUAAUAUCUAGUCUUAAUAACCAUACAGCACUUAACAGCACCAAAGAUACUAGUAGCAUGAUAACAUGAAAAAUGAUAGUUAUAAUUAAUUGCAAUAUUUGGAUAAUAAAAAUAAUCCCUAGAUGAUGAGUCAAUCCUCAGCAUUAGAAGGUGUGGCUUCUACCUAUUCCUUCAAACAACCAAUUAAAAAAUAAUUUAAGGAAGACUUCAACCUAGGAUCAAAUGCCUCCCUGGUUUAGAGGAGAAACAAUACAAAUGGCAUAAAUUUAGACUUCAUUCAGGAGUAAUCGAUUAAUGUACUUAACUUUCAAAAAAUGAAAGAGGAACUAAACCUUAUGUUUGAUAAUGAGCAUAUCAAUAUUACUAAUAUGAAAUCCUCUUAGAAAAGACCCACAGUUACAUAUAGCACUCAAAACUAAUAGGAGUCAGAUACUUAUAGAAGACAUAUCAGCUUUAAGAGUAUGAUCUAAGAUAAUUACAUCAACAGUCACAAAGCCGCUAAUGGAGGUGUUGUGAAUCAGACAAUGAUGAACUAGAUGAGUUAUUCAAACAGUGAGGAUGAAGGUAAUCAUGAUAACUUGAUUGGCGAAAAGACUUAGUAACUCAUUAACUCUAUCAAUAAGAGUUUUGAUGUCAAAGCUAUAAAUAACCAGUAGUUUGUGGACACAACUGAUAAAAAGAUUAGAAAGAUCUUUAAGAAUGAGAUAUCUAGAGGUGUUAAGCCUUCAAAGCUGACAAAUAUCUAGUAAGUCAAAUCAAUGGGCUUUGAUCACUUCUCAAACAAUAUCAAGUCUGAGCUAGUAAAUAAGUUUAGACAGCAGCAAAUUUCUCAGCUGAGUAGAUACCAGAUGGAUUAGCCACAGAAUAGCCAUUUCAUAAAUGAAAAUUCAUCCUAGCAAGACCAGACUCAAGGCAUUAAUUACAAGCCUAUGGGAAGUGAAAUAUCUAUGGAGCUGUAAAGUUAGUCUUAGUUUGUGAGUAGUCUGAGUAAGCCAGUCUCUAAGAAAAAGGAUCCCAAGCAAACUGAGAUAAACAAAGAGAUUAUGAUAUUUAACAGGGGAAGAGAUAUAAAAAGACUGUAAGAUAAUUUCAAGAAUAUUAGGAAAUUAGAUGAGAGCAAAGCAUCUAAUGCUGCUGGUUCUGAUAACUUAUCUAACUAGAUUAGAAAAUCGUAAAAGGCUAGCAAGCAGCAAGUACUUACUAAGAGAGCAGGCUAAUUUAAAGAGGAUUUAGAAUACAAUGAUAUAAUGAACAGAAAUAAAGCUCUUGAGCUAAAAAAUAAAUCCGAUCAACAUACAAGUUAACUUUCAGAAUCUCAGCCUCCUGAGACUGUAAUGAAACAUUUAUAUACCUCUCCACUUAGAGGUAAUACUGAUCUUCAAAAUGAACUUAAAAAUUCAAAGCACAACAAAUCUGUUGAGCUAUAGUAGGAAGAGGUUGACUAGAUCACUCAAAAAAUAGAUGAUGCCUUGAGAGAAACUCUAAGAGCUCAUUAAAAGCUUUUAGAUGAAAAAGCUGAGAAAAAACUUAAGGAUAGUUCAAAGAUAUAAUCUCCUCAUAGUGAAACUAAAUAAUAGAGUGGAAAAGUCUCUUUUGUGAGGAAAGCUGAUCAAAAAGAAAAGGACAUCAGAGAGAUUACACUUACUAAUGCAGUUAUAUAGAUACCAUAGGAGUCAACCAUAUCUUCUAAUGCGCAAAUGAGUGGGCCUAAGAUAGGCUAACUUUCAAGGAAAAAUUCAUAACUGCUUAAGAGCUAAUAGCAAUCAAAGAGACAGAAAAUAGAACCAAAGAAAGCAUCAGUAGAUUUGAAUGGAUACUUGACCUCAUAAGAGCAUCCAUUAGACUUAGCUACUUAGGAUUUGUAGCAGCAGCUUAUGGAGUAUGCAAUCAUCAAGAGGAAGGCAUGGAGUCCUAAACGAUUUAAGAAGUUCCCCAGAUUCACCAUAUUCCUAAACAGAGAAGAGGAUACUGGUAAGGACUACUUGAAGGAUAAUAUUAUAAGUCUUAAUCCUGAGUUUAUGAAUUUCCUUCUUAACUCAGCUAGUGCAGGAAACGUAGGAAUCACAUCAUAGCAACUCUAGCAUGAUACAGUAGAUAAAAAAGUAGGAGUUAGCUAAAAUCUAGAUCUACCUGACGAUAGUUCUAACAUGAUAACUAUAGAAUCUCAAAAGUAAUAAACUCAAUAAAUGGAAUCUGAAUCCCUAGCUUAAAAGCUUAAGAGAAACUAUAAAUACUAGGAUCCUUUUGAUAGAGUACUAUUAACUAAAGGCAUUGACAAUCAAAUUCUCACUUCCUUCAGAACUUUGACAAAAACAAAUAACACAAUGAGUGAUACAAUGAAAAUUAUUCACAAUAGGUUCAAUCCAAUGAGCUUUUAGCAACACUUACUUCAGAAAUAAAAGAGGAAACAUCAGCUUUAUUAAAUAGAUGAAGAAUACACGAUCUAGAAGUAGCCUUAAAGCAAGUAUGAGAACAACUCCAAUUCUCAAGAGGAAGAGAAUAGAAAUGAGAAUGAUGAUGAUAACCAGUCUAUCGGAGACAUUUAUUCAAUCAAUAAAAUCAUGGCCAUCAAUAACAAGGAUGUUAGUCAUUCUGUCUCUUUAGACUCAUCACCUGAUCAUUAAUAUAAACUCAACAAGAAUCUCGGUAGCAUCAAUGCAUUAAAAUAUAAAGAUUCCAAGAUUGAGAAUAAGCAUGAUACUCUUAAUAACAACAUAGACAGCCAAGAUGACUUAAUGGGUGGAAGUAAUGAAAAGAGCAAAAAUACUAUUGACUAAGUCCUCACUUAGAAUUUGCAGAGUAAGGAAAAUACUGAACUGCAAGUAACUCAUAAAAGUAUCAAUAAGAACGAUUUUAAAAGCAGUAUCGAGGUUAGAAGAUCCCUUGAGAGAGACAGAAACACUCAUAUGAUUAUCAGAGAUCAGAGAGACCAAGGAACCUCAUUUAAGCAACUAUAACAGUAGUAAUAUUAAUCUUAAUAAAAACAAUCACAAGAAAGAAUUAAUGCAAGCUAUCACAGUGACUUUAAUGAUUCAAUGGCUAAGCGAGAAAAAUUUCAACUAAAGCAGCCAAUUUAGCUAUCAGGUAACCACUAAGAGACUGAAACAGACAAAGGUGAUGAUAGAGUCAACACUGACAUAAAUGAACUUAUGAGAGAAGCUGAGAAGGUUAAGCAAAAAGAAAAGAAGCAAAGUAAGAUGCAGUAUCAUCUAUAGAGAGUAGAUCCAUCUGAAAUGUUUGGGAUGCAAAGAGUGUUGAAGGCUUAGGUUAAUCCAGUUACAUAAACUAACAUAUCACUUAAGAAUCAUGUCAGCUCAGUGUAUGUCGAAUCACAAAAUUUAAUAGAUCCUUACAAUACUUCGUCCGAUACAGAGUAACCUAUGUAAACAAAAAACUUCCCAGUGUCUAAAAAGAAGCCAAUCAAUCAUGCAGGUGGCUACAAAGUUUCUUUAAAGACUUAAAACAAUGAAAGGUCAAAUUCAUAGAUGUCGAGAACCAAUGCUGUUUAAUUGUAUGAUAAAAAAAGCCACAUGUAGCAGUCUCAAAACAACCCUGCAUUAGGCGAACUUGAAAAUGAGAUUAUCAACCUUAAGAAGUCAGACUUUAUGGUGCUCAAUGACUAAGAAAAGCAAGAAUUUGCCAGAAAAUUAAUGUUCCCACCAGUCAAUAAACUUAAGAAUAUGAUUGAUGAACUCUAUCAAAAAGAAAAGAAAUAUGUCAAGCAGUAUUUGAGAGAGGAUUACAUCGAGAAAAAUAAUUUCAUAUUUGAACUGAAUAAAAGUCAUUAACUUCACACAACUAAAGACGUUAAACACUAAAAUGCUAGUGUUAUGACUCAAAAUAAUAAGCCUCUUAAUGGAUUUUUAAUGGGAGAUGGUACUGAAUAAAUUCAAAUCACUUCUAGAUAUAAUGAAUCCAACAUGCUCGGCAGCAACUAGUACAAUAGAAAUUGA